AUGGAAGAAUAACACUUUUGACAAAUACAAAAACAUUUCAAAACAAAACCUGUUCCCACUUACUAAGUGUCAAGUCGAAGUUCCAAGUGCAAAUAAUCAUCAUCAAAACCUCAUUUGUUCGAACGUUAAUUUUAUUGUUGAUGUCCUCGUUACUCGAAGAUCGGUGAUUAAUAAAUACCCAAUAUCAAUUCAAUAUUAUCAUUGUUUUCGGUAUGAGCUAGCAGUGUAUGUGUGAUAAGAUUAGGUACACUAUUAGUUGGUGAUAACUUUUCUAGUGGUGUUUUAGUGGAUUAGAACAUUUUAUUUAAACGGUAGUCGCUUCUUUGUCCUCUAAAUUAUUUGUUUUAAAUCUUUUUAAGAUGGCCACCGAAGGACUCUUAAAAAAUAAGUCUGAUGUGAAGUUGCAAAUCGUAUCUAAUCAACCAAAAAAGUUAGUUCAUUUACCUGAGAGACCCAAAGUUGAUUUGGCUUUUUCGGACUUGGAAUAUGUGGUUAAGCAAGGGAGCAAAGAGAAAAAGAUUUUGAAAAAUGUCAGUGGAAUGCUACGUUCCGGUGAACUAUGCGCUAUUAUGGGACCAUCUGGUGCUGGAAAAUCCACCUUACUCAAUAUACUCACUGGAUACAAAACCAUAGGGGUAAAAGGCCAUGUGUUAAUGAACGGCAGUGAUAGAGAUCUUAGUCAAUUCCGAAAAUUAUCGGCAUAUAUUAUGCAGGAUAACCAACUACAUGCUAAUCUAAGAGUGGAUGAAGCUAUGGCUGUCGCAGCUGCACUUAAAAUUGGCGCCAAAAGUCCAAAAGAUCGAGAAGAUAUCAUUAACGAAAUCCUAGACACACUUGGACUGCUGGAUCAUAAGAAAACAAUGACAAGCGGGUUGUCGGGGGGCCAAAAGAAGAGAUUGUCAAUCGCCUUAGAAUUAGUUAGUAAUCCUCCAGUUAUGUUUUUCGAUGAACCUACUAGUGGAUUGGAUUCUUCAUCAUGUUUUCAAUGUAUAUCACUGUUGAAAACCUUAGCUAAAGGUGGAAGAACUAUAAUAUGUACUAUUCACCAACCUUCAGCUAGACUGUUUGAAAUGUUCGACCAACUUUAUACACUCGCUGAUGGUCAAUGUGUUUACCAAGGUUCUACGACAUUCUUGGUGCCCUUUUUGGCAAGUCUGCAGUUACAGUGUCCUUCAUACCACAAUCCAGCCUCCUAUAUUAUAGAAGUAGCAUGUGGGGAAUAUGGAGAUCACACGAGAACGUUAGUUAACGCUAUAGAAAAUGGUAAGAAUGACAUCCGAGAUGCUAGCCAAAUAGUAGGUUUCAAAAUGAGCGACGGUUUGAAUAACGCUUACCAAUACGCCAAAGAUAACUUGAAAACCCUUAUUUCUGAUGAAUUGUCCAAAGAGGGCAGUACCGUGAAUGGCAAUAGAAAAUCAAACAACGUUAACGAAGAUACUGGAAUAGAUUCUAAAGAUGUCGAAAAAGCUAAUGUUGAUAGUGCCUUAUUAAAUACUUCCGUUGUAGUUAAGCAGCCCAGAUAUGGUAAUUCGGAAUUCCAACAAUUUUUCAUUAUUUUAAAACGUGCGUUAUUGUUCAGUAGAAGAGAUUGGACUUUGAUGUACCUACGUUUAUUCGCCCAUAUUUUGGUUGGAUUCCUAAUUGGUGCCUUAUACUUCAAAAUUGGAAACGAUGGGUCCAAAGUACUUAGUAAUCUUGGUUUCCUGUUUUUCAACAUGUUGUUCUUGAUGUACACUUCCAUGACUAUAACCAUUUUGUCCUUCCCACUUGAAAUGCCAGUUUUACUAAAGGAACAUUUUAAUCGAUGGUAUUCCCUGAGGUCUUAUUAUCUGGCAAUAACGAUAUCAGAUAUGCCAUUCCAGACCAUCUUCUGUAUACUUUACGUAACGAUAGUAUAUUUCAUGACUUCCCAACCCUUGGAUCCGGCUAGAUUUGGAAUGUUUUUACUGUCUUCCUUGUUAGUAUCAUUCGUGGCCCAAAGUGUUGGACUCGUAGUAGGAGCUGCUAUGAAUGUUCAGAACGGUGUAUUCUUAGCUCCAGUAAUGUCAGUACCAUUCCUGUUGUUCUCCGGAUUCUUUGUAUCAUUCGAUGCUAUUCCCAUCUACCUUCGCUGGAUAACGUAUCUGUCCUACAUCAGAUACGGAUUCGAAGGGACUGCGCUUGCCACAUACGGAUACAACAGACCAAACCUGGAUUGUUUCGCUCAAUAUUGCCACUUUAAAAAGGCACUCACAACUCUCGAAGAGUUGGACAUGGAUAAAUCGAGUUACUGGUUCGACAUUUUGGCUCUAGUUGUGAUAUUCUUCUUUUUAAGAGUUUCCGCUUACCUCUUCUUGAAGUGGAAACUUAAAUCAAACCAUUAAGUUUAGGAUAUAUUUAAUAAUGUUAAAUAUUGUUAUUAAUCGUGGUUUUAUAUAGAAAGGACGCAGGUUGUACAUUGGUAUCUUUAAUAAUAAUGUAAUAUUAUGUUAUAUACAAUCAAUUUCUCAUACUGAAUUUCAAAAAUACAGCUGUUCUUGCCAGAAUUGUACUUAGCAGCUAUUUUUUUAUCUUCUGACUCAUUAACAGCGUGAUGCCUAGAAUUAAACCUGUGUUCUUUUAUUUAUUCAUCUCUAGAUACUGGUAUGAAGGAUAUUCCAAUAAAAAAUGGCCGAUGAGUAGUUACCGUCGUUUCAUCAUCUUUAAAAGUACUAUUUUCCUAGUACUGCUUCUAUUUAUAUUCUCUAUGACGUACUAAAAUUAAACGUAUUAUGAUUUAUACAGAAUUUAUUGUUUGUAAACUUUCUUUUAUAUUUAUAUGAUGUUUAGCGUCUAAAAAAAUGUAAAAUUGAUUGAUUCAUUAUUUUACGUAGGAAACAAUAUUCUUUAAACCUUUCAUUGCUUUGGUUCUACAGGCUACGAUGUAUUUUGCUCUAUUAUAUGUCAGUUGUCAUAAUAUAUCAAAUAAUGAUCUAACCAAUAAGUGACUACAGAACCCAUUUUUUGCCUGUUUUUAAGCAUUCCGCUACUGUAAGAUUAAUAGUCCAAGAAGCAGCGCUGAAAAGUAUCUUUGAAUUUACUAAAGCUAAAUUUUUCACAGUUGAUUACUGUGAUUGUGUAGAGAAACAUACUGCAGUCGGUCAAGCGAAACGUAGAACAGGGGUUACUGAGAGGAUAUCAAAGUUGCUUUCCUACGAAGGUAAUUAAAUCCAUUUACUAAGGCUGAAAAUCAGUAAACACAUUCUAAAUUAAAUAUAAAUAAAAGUUAUUAUAGUCGGUCAGCUGUAUGACGGGACAGAGCCGGUCGGUCUGCCCCAGUGAAUGUACAGGGUUAUUCACUCUAUUUUGACCCCCAUGUAAACUGCUUUAUUUACAGAAUUAGAAAAAAAUGUAAAAUACAAGUUAUUCGAUUUUUAAAUUAUGAUUUUUUGACAUAUAUAUCGUACUAGUGACGUCAUCGAUAUGGGCGUGAUGACGUAAUCGACUAUUUUUUAAAUGGGAAUAGGGGUCGAGUGCUAGCUCAUUUGAAAGGAUAUUCAAUUCCCUAUUCAGUAAUAUAAACAUUAACAUGAUUAAUUAUACAAGGUGUCCAAAAAAAAUUUUUAAUUAAUUUAAUUGUUUAAUUACUAAUUCAAAAAAAUUUUUGGACACCCUGUAUAAAUAAUGAUCUUAAUGUUUAUAGUACUGUAUAGAGAAUUGAAUAACCUUCCAAAUGAGCUAGCACACGACCCCUAUUCUCAUUUAAAAAAAUAGUCGAAUACGUCAUCACGCCCAGACGGAUGACGUCACUAGUACCUACGGUAUAUUGUCAAAAAAUCAAUUAAAAAAUCGAAUAUCUUUUGUAUUUCACAUUUUUUUCUAAUUCUGUAAAUAAAGCAGUUUACAAGGGGGUCAAAAUAUAGUGAAUAACCCUGUACAUUCAUUGGGGCCGACCGACCGGCUCUGUCCCGUCAUACAGCUGACCGACUAUAAUAACUCUUAUUUAUAUUUAAUUUAGAAUGUGUGUACUGAUUUUCAGCCUUAGUAAAUGGAUUUAAUUACCUUCGUAGGAAAGCAACUUUGAUACCCUCUCAGUAACCCCUGUUCUACGUUUCGCUUGACCGACCGCAGUAUGUUUCUCUACACACUCACAGUAAUCAACUGUGAAAAAUUUAGCUUUAGUAAAUUCAAAGGGAUUAUUCAGCGCUGCCUCUCCGUCUAUUUAUUACGUUUGGUUUUUCCAAAUCGUUUGCACUGGUUCUCUUAUUUUGAACUUUCAAUAAUCAGUUUUUUACCUUUUGUAAACAUCAGUUUUUGCUUCACAGGAUUCACAGUAUUGAUUAACCUGUGUACACAUCUUUAUUACAAGGUAACUAACACUGAACCUGUUAAAAAAAGGAACUACGUCUGUUAAUGAAAACAAGGGCUACACUGUAAAUUAAUAAGUCAAUUAAAUUAAAUCAUAUGAUUUCAAAUGGAUUUCGGUAAAUUAUUUAUUCGGCCGUCUGCUGUGCAAAGGGUCGAUAAUUUGGUAUAAAUUUUAAAGAAAUCAUACAUAUCUAAUAAAAAAAUUUAUUUUAUACUUAUAUAAACAUUUUAGAAUUAAAUUUUUGUAAAAAACUCAAAUCAUUUCACUGAGUGUCUACUGUUGUAAAUAUUAUAAUGUGUGCCUAUUUUCAUUGGAACAUCCUGUAAAUGUUAUACACGAUGUAGAGUAUACUUUUGAUAAAAAUUCGGGUUAUAUAUUUAGGAAAUAUUCGCUGCCGUAGAUUUUUAUACUCUUUUUGAGAAUUUAUCUGGUCAUUUAGCCCACUCGGCAAGAUUAAAUAUAUGUAUACUGCAACCUAAUAUUUUUCGAAGUCAUUUUUAAAAACUGUAUCAUAUAUUUGUACUUAGUAGAGCAAGUCACUAUUCCUCGUUAAAUGUGAACUUAAUUAUAUGAUAAUGCAGUACGAGUUUCUAUACUACGUCACAUUUUUUACAAAACCAUUUAAUAAGACCAAAUAAACAAACUUCUUGUUUAAAAAAAAGUACUGAAUCUCUUAUGAGGAUUUGUUUGAGUGAGGCACUAUAUUUUCCUUGAGAAACAAUAAAAACGUUUUCUUAAUAUAGUUAUAUGAAUAUUUUGUACAUGUAGAGGUAGAUUUACUAACUAAAUAAAAUAGAGGUAACUAUGGACAAAGAUUUUGUAUGUGAUGGUGUAGUGAUUUAUAUAUUUUAGUAAUAUAUCUACAUAAAGAUUUA